AUGUUGGCUGGUCUGGCUUUCGUAGUUCUCUUGCUUUCGCCACUCGCGCUUGCUGGCACAAACACUACUAUCGAUGAAAUAACCUCAGUAAGACCCACAACAACCAUAACGAACACUACAACUACGAUUGGGCCCACUACUACCCCAUCACCAAAUGGAGUGCCCAAAUUUGUCCUUUUUUGCAACGAUGUGGCUAGUGUUAUUAUUCAAGCAGGAAUGAAACUUUUUGUUCCAUACUUCGAUGACAAAUCUAGUCGAAUUAAGUCGCUCUUCAUUGAUGGAAAUGCUGUAGCUGAUGUGAGCUGCGGGGAUGAGGUCGAGACUAUUACGUUUCGGUGGGUCCCGGGUGCUUCUCGGAUUCCGUUUAAUUUAACAAUGAUUGUUCAGAAGUUGCCGAGCUCUCCAUCCAAGAUUGGAGGUUCCUUUAUUCGCACCAUAGAUUUCGACUACUUUGUAUCUGAAGAUGUUUUCCCUCAUGCCAACAAAACGGGUCCAGUUUCUGUAUCCGCUAAUGGCUCAUUCUUCGAAACUCCUGGGGCAAUGGGUUUUACCUGUACUCCUCAGCAAAAUAUUUCGCUAGCUGAAGGUGUGAUUUUUGGUGUGUCCUCUCUUCAUUUGGAAACCUUCCGCAACUCAACUUCUGCGGACUUUAGCGAGAAAGCUCUCGAUUGCAUGGACAUUCCGGCACCCAACAAAGUUGUUCCCAUCAUUGUGGGAGUGUCGGCUGCGAUUUUGAUUUUACUCGCCAUUGUUGUCUUCCUCAUUAGUAACCGCCGGCGAGCCCAGGGCUAUCAGAGCCUCUAA